CGAGAUGUUGGGAGCGCUGAGCCGGGCUUUAGCGUUAUAUUUGCCGGGGCUGUGAGGGAGGUCGGAGCAGGUGACUGCGAUCUGGUGGUUGAAUCGUCCCUGUUUCAGGGGAAGGACAAGAAGUAGCCGGAGGGGGAGGAGGUUCCAGAGGCGAGGCAGCGAGCAUAGAAGCCGUGCAUGAGGAGAAGGGAGGGCGUGUGUUCAUUUGCGAGGUGACUGGAUAGUGGAGAGCUGCUGCGGGCUCCGGUCGUUGCUGAGAUCCCCACGCUGCCGCUGCAGUAGCCGAGGAACUGCGGGGGAAGCUAUUCCGGUCCUUGUCUCGGUGCAGGAUAGGAAGGCAGGAGGGUGGUUGCGGGUUUUGUCCACUCUUGGUGUUGGCGUUACCCAGCCAGCCAGGUGGUGUCCGCCGUGCGGGAAUCGGUGAAUAGCUUCAACACCGGAGACAGCAUCCACUGUCGUCGCUAUGGCUUCGACUACAACCUGCACCAGGUUCACAGAUGAAUACCAGCUAUUCGAGGAACUUGGAAAGGGAGCAUUCUCGGUAGUGAGACGAUGCAUGAAAAUCUCGACAGGACAGGAAUAUGCUGCCAAAAUCAUCAACACUAAAAAGCUCUCUGCCAGGGAUCACCAGAAGUUGGAGAGAGAGGCUCGCAUUUGUCGACUGUUAAAGCAUCCCAAUAUUGUUCGGCUCCAUGACAGCAUAUCAGAAGAAGGGUACCAUUAUCUAGUGUUUGAUCUAGUGACCGGAGGAGAAUUAUUUGAAGACAUUGUGGCCAGAGAAUACUACAGUGAAGCAGAUGCCAGUCAUUGUAUACAGCAGAUUCUAGAAAGUGUAAAUCAUUGUCACCUUAAUGGCAUAGUUCACAGGGACCUGAAGCCAGAAAAUUUGCUCCUAGCUAGCAAAAUGAAGGGAGCAGCUGUGAAGCUGGCUGAUUUUGGAUUAGCAAUUGAAGUCCAAGGAGACCAGCAGGCGUGGUUUGGUUUUGCUGGUACACCAGGAUACCUUUCUCCUGAAGUAUUAAGAAAAGAUCCCUAUGGAAAACCAGUUGACAUGUGGGCUUGUGGUGUUAUUCUGUAUAUACUGCUGGUUGGUUACCCUCCUUUCUGGGAUGAAGAUCAGCACAGACUGUACCAACAGAUCAAAGCUGGUGCUUAUGAUUUCCCUUCACCAGAGUGGGAUACAGUCACUCCAGAAGCUAAGGAUCUCAUCAACAAGAUGUUAACCAUCAAUCCUGCCAAACGGAUCACAGCCUCAGAAGCCCUGAAGCAUCCAUGGAUUUGUCAACGAUCAACUGUUGCUUCAUGCAUGCACAGACAGGAGACUGUUGAAUGCCUCAAAAAAUUCAAUGCGAGAAGAAAACUCAAGGGUGCUAUUCUCACCACAAUGCUGGCCACACGAAACUUCUCAGCAGCAAAAAGUCUGAUGAAUAAGAAGACAGAUGGAGUUAAGAAAAGGAAGUCCAGUUCGAGUGUUCAAAUGAUGAUAAACAACAAAGCCAACGUAGUAACCAGCCCAAAAGAACCCAUACCUACCCCAGCACUGGAGCCCCAAACUACUGUAAUCCACAAUCCUGCUGAUGGAAAUAAGGAAUCCUCGGAAAGCACCAACACAACCAUUGAAGAUGAAGAUGUGAAAGCUCGCAAGCAAGAAAUUAUCAAAGUUACUGAGCAGCUGAUUGAAGCCAUUAACAAUGGAGAUUUUGAAGCCUACACGAAGAUUUGUGAUCCGGGCCUAACUGCAUUUGAGCCUGAAGCACUUGGUAACUUGGUUGAAGGAAUGGACUUCCAUAGAUUCUACUUUGAAAAUGCUCUGUCUAAGAAUCAGAAGCCAAUUCACACCAUCAUAUUGAACCCCCACGUCCACUUGAUUGGUGAUGAUGCAGCCUGCAUAGCAUACAUCCGGCUCACUCAGUACAUUGACGGCAGCAGCUUGCCGAAAACCAUGCAAACCGAGGAAACCAGAGUCUGGCAUCGCCGGGAUGGCAAGUGGCAAAACGUUCAUUUCCACCGCUCAGGAUCCCCCUCUAUACCGAUCAACUAAAGGAAAUGGUGCCACUGCUGGAUUCACAGCGCUGAUUAUGAACUAGAAGAUUACAAUCAUACUCUAGGCACUUCCAGUUUAUUUUAACGCAUGUUUCUGAAUGCAUGAUGCUCUGAUGGUGCACUUGUGACAUGUCCUUUGCUGUUAAUCCUGUAAAUUUUUGUUUUCACUUCAUAGGAAUAUAUGUUACAUACAGAAUGAAACCAAAGGAAGGAAAAAUAUUGAGAGUACUUUUUAAUUAUUUAUGCCAGGUUUCUUAACUUGAUAUAAUUGUAAACAUCUAAAUAAAAACUUAUUUUUUUCUGGAUUUCACGUAUUUUAAAAACUAAUGUACCCCCUAAUUAUUAUAAGAAAACAUUGUAAGUGGCACAUAUUCUUAUUCUCUUACUGUAGAAAUACUUUUAUAAUAAAUAUAGAAGGGGAUCUCCUUAAGGUGGCAGGGCACAAAUCUACUUACUUCCAAAAGUUGUUUUACAACUAGAGUUUACCAGUCAGGGCUGACUCUUAUCAGCCUGAAGGGACACCUACUGAAGUAGCUGAACAGCCAUUUCAUUCAUUGCUUUAUUCCCAGCUGAAACAUAUGGAAAUUUAUGUGAAUUCUAACGUGCUGACUGUUUAACUAAUCAGUGUCAAUGUCCAGUAUCGUUUUCAUGUUGACACUUCAUUUUUAUUCACUCUGGGUGCAAUAUAUUUCAGACAAUCAAGCUUGCUUUAUAUGGUGAUGUGCAGAUCGUGAUUUGAGUCAAAUGCUUUGGUGGAAAUAGGGUUAGUUUUUUGUGAACUAUGUUAACCUACUAUUGGUAGUUACUCAUAGUAUUAGAUUUAAUAAAAAUAAAACACAGAGCCAUUGAAUAUAUACACCAAAUAUAGUGGAUCUCUCUGAUUAACAUGCAUCAGUUAUAUAAGAACUUCCUUGCCUAGGCAGCUGAUCAAACGGACAUAAUAUUUUAAAUUUUCUUUUUCCUGAGAACACAGAAAUCGUCGUUUUGAGGUCAUCCAUGAGUAAUUUCAUGUUGAUACUUUGUAAUCUGAAUUUUGCUUCUGCUUCCGUGUACUUGUGAGAUGUUCUUGUAAAGAUUCAAGUUACCAGAUAUAUAUCCCUUUUUAGGAAGAACGUUUCCUCCUCGUUUCUUUGCUGCUUCUGUACUUAGAGGAUUAUACUAUAAUGCAUGCUAUCUCAAGUGGUGUUUUCUGUGAUUGUCAGCAUCCAUGACUCACAUUCCUGGCAGAAUUAAUUUACUCGUAUUAUUUUUUCUUGCACGUUCAUUCGUCACCCCAAAAAUUAAUAUGCUUAGCUGCUGUUGCUGGUAAAAUAGAUGGCAAUAAAGUGUACCCAUUACCCAUGGAUUCAGAUAUUGUGUUUAAAUGAGCAUGUAUGUUUAAUGCGCCAUAUUAAUCUGCCAAUAAGUUCAAUGGAAAAAUAGGGAAAACCUUUAUUUUAUUGGUGACUGGCUGUAGUAACAUUGCAGUAUAAAUACCUGUAUGUAUUAUCUCGAAAUUUUAAUACCACAUAGCGAGCACGACUGUCUUCCACACCAGUUCUGAAGAGCGGUGAUUGUUUUUUCCACCACAAUUGAAACGAUUACUUGGGUUCUGUCACUUUGCAAAGCUGCUGUUUAUCAUGGGACACAGUGUACAAGAUACUUGCCAUAAUGGUAAACGAUUGAUCUGUUAAAACAAAAUAAAUUUCUGAUUAUUUCUCCUGAUUGCCUUUUCUCUUCAAAUAGUUCUUUUUAAAAUGAAACAUGUCCUAACUAAGGUUUUUACUUUGUUAAUUGAGCUUCUUUGGUUUUUUUAAGUGUCUGUAAGAUGGUCUCAAGAGUUUAGUGUAAAGAAAAGCAUUUCCUGCUUUUGUAAUCUCACUGUGUUUUAAUGGGGUAAGACAAUGCCAAUGCCAAUACCACAUUUCAGAAGAACUCAUUGGUUUUGAUGUGCUUUUGGAUGUAAUAAGGAUUUAAAAUAGUGCCAUGUAUUUGCAGAAAUUAAA